UCCUGUGCUUCAAAUCAAGAAGAUGGUUUAAUGAUUCAAUGUGAUAUUUGUUUGUGCUGGCAACAUGGUUAUUGCAACAAAUUUGAAUCUGAUGAUCAAGUACCCGACAACUAUAUUUGCACUAGUUGUUUAAAUCCUUUGAAGAAAAGACGAUCAAAACAAUAUGACUAUUCACAAGAUUGGAUUAAAGAAGGAGUACUAGCUAGUGUUUUACAACAUAAAGAUGAGCGACGGAAAAAAGAUGAAGCUAUUUUAAAACAGUCUCAUCAGUUAGUAGCUGAGGUGAUAGAACAUAAUAAUUUUUUGCACAGUUUACGAGUUAAAAUUACAAUUUAUGGGCAAACACCUGAUCAUCCUAAACUUUAUUUGUGGUCUGAUCAAGGUUCAACAAGAAAUGAAGAACUUAUUCAAGAUAAGCUUGAAGAAUUGCUUUCUGGCCCAGUACCUGAAAAACUUAUCAAUAUUUCUGAUUGUAGAAAAAAUCUACUAGAAGAAAUUGAAGAUGGCUUUGACAAUUUAGAAGCCAGAAUYAACUUAUUUGAAGCCAAAACUAAUGGACUUGAAGAUCAAGUUAAUGGCUGCGUAGAUAAUGAAGUCUUAACAAAUACUGUAACUUUGUUGCUACGAGAUUUAAAUUCCAUCAMCCGGCAUAUGUCAUUUGAAAACAAUAACAAUAAAAAAGAAGUAGAACCCGUUUAAAAAAAAUUGUUAUCUUCAUGGAUUCAGUUGGCUACAAUAAUGUUACUUUUUACAUCUGAGAUAAAUCUUUUGAAUAUCAUUCAUAAUAUUAAAUUUUUUAUUGAGAUAUUUUGACGGUAACAUAAUUGUUUGACAAAGGUUCUGACUUUAAUUUGUAUUUUGUAGUUGUAUUAACACAAUUUCAUAUGUUAAAACUGCUCCAGCAACCUGUAAAUAAAGUUGAACAUUCCAUAUCUGAUGAGCUCAUAAAUAUACUAUUUUUUUCAAAUUUAUCUUACCCCUAAAAGAAAGUUUCUGGUGAUUGAAAACAUUUUUAAUCCUGUUAGAGCAACAUAAUCUGAUGUGACUUCUU